AUGAUUUGUGAGCCAUUCCUUGGCUUGCACGAAACGCUUCAGACCAGAGAACAAGAGCACACCGCGCUACUGGAUAGAGGGCCAAAGCAUCAUGGCCGUACCUUGGCCCACGAAAGGUUUCGCAAUGCAAAAGUCGCGCUUGAAAACUUCCUGAUCAGCAUCGAAGCACCCAACGAAGCGAUCUUCGAUGUAGCGCAGGCUGAUUUUGCAACUCGCGCAGACCCUACGCAGCCUGCGCGUACAGACAACACAGCGGAGGGGCCAAGACCUCAUAUCAACCGGCGAGAUUCCAGAGAAGAAUCACCGCAAGUCGAACAGAUCACACCCACGGAACUCUCGCCGAUUGCCAAGCGUAGGCUGGAGCGCGACUCUGGAGCCAAAAGCUUAGAGCGGAAGCGUAUCAAGUUCACCGAAUCAGUCGAGGAACGUCCAGAGUACAGGUCUUUCUACGAAUUCUUUCGCGGCGGUAAGGAGUAUAUACCUGGCCGGUAUGUGGUAGCUGAAGGCUCUGAGUAUCUCGAUACAAGUGGCUCAACUCUCAGCUUCACCAAGUUUACAGGUCAGAGGAAAGUGGGCUCUAAAUUCGUUGACGUUGUGCCAAAAGAGGAACCACAGGAAGGAGAAGACAAUGUUCUAACGGUGAAGAGCAAGGGAACGGGCAAUCGUAAACGAAAGCAAGAUCGAGAAGCAUUUGAAGAUAGACGCAAGCAUUUGGAACACUCGGAUUCUAUGCCAGAAUACGAGAGAGACAAUGAUGGGAUGAACGGGCGAGAGUUGAGAAGUACAAGGCGAUCCAGGUCAACAACGCCGUCAGUCAUGACUAGGUCACGAAGAGAGGUCGCCCAGUAUGAUGGACAAGACGAUAAAGCACAGAAUAUUGUCCACGUAAACCGCUCCCUGAUUGUUAGUCUGAAAACUCCAUACCUCUUCAGAGAUGACGUUCCUGCAGACGAACAAGGAUCGAUGCACACACCAGAGCAUGGAGAAGAGGAUCAAGAUAUAUCUCGCGAAGGUGACCGCGCCGAAGCGACAAGAGACGCCGCAGAGCUUACAAGAAUUAACCAAGUUGUAGAAAAUUUGGAGCGCGAGUUGAAUGGUCUACAGCAGGCUGUUGCUACUCCUAAAUACACGCACAAAGUCUCUACGGCUGUACGCGGUGCCCUUGAGGCUUUGGCGCCCCUGAAAAAGCUACUCGAGACUAGGCCAGUCGAUACUGAAAAAGACGGAGAAUCUGAAGGUGAUAUCGAGGACGGUAGCAUCUACUUCGAUGUUGUUGAUGCGACCGACAAGGUGGUCUCAGAAGACAUGCUGCACUCAGCUGAGGCUCUAGAGAAACUGGAACAUUCGCAAACAAGGGCUGACACAGCAAGUCACAUUGGAGCUGGGGAGGUCUACGAAAGUUUCACUCCGGAUGCAAACGGGCUCGAUGAUAUGCCAAUGGAGGUUGGACAAAACAUGCACACUACCCCAGCAGCUGAGACAGCAGAACCUGAAGACGAGCAUACCCCACAGCAUGCAGUGCUAUCUGUUGAAGCAGGUCUUGAGAAAACAUCAAAAAGUAUCACGGAUGAAGGCGCCACGGUUACUUCAACAACUACCAAGUGUGGAAGCAGUGAGCCUAGCAGACACAUCUUUCGAGUCACAUGA